CCGUGUUGCUGUGCGCGUAGAGCUGACCACGAUGAUGCUGGAGCGGAGCAGAUUGACAGUGAUGGCGGAUAUCAUCUUAAGCAGGAGACACUCGUCUAACGGGGAUGAGACGAUUCACUGUCGCUGCUCAAGAGCCUUCGUGCAGGAUCGAGAAUUAUAUCGUUCUGAUAACAGACAGCUCUCCGACGACCAAACAAAUACUAAAGUCCAAGAAGCAGACGAUAAAGAAGAGGAGGCAGAGAAGGAGAUGCUGGAUGAUGAGACUCAGCUUAUGGCCAGCAUGGGUCUGCCUUUGGCCUUUGUCAGCUCAUCUGAUAAAAGGACAGUGGGGAAGAGGUCUAACAGGAUGGCUGUCACAUGCUGGGAAGAAGCAGCUGAAGAAGAGAAAGGUCAAUACGGUCUAGAGGUUGACAACAAAGAAGAGUUACAGGAGGCACUGGAAACUCAAGACUGUCAUGAUGUUCAUGGUCUUUACGAGUCUGAUGAGCCGCUGGUGUGUGAUUUAUGGGUGACAGGAGGGAUUCAAGAUGCUGGGUGGGAAAACUACUGGGCUCAACAAGGAGAAACUCUGCUAUGGAGCAACUGGCUUGAGAAACAUCCAGAGACUAAACUGCUGUUUGCAGUAGACCCUGGAACAGUGACUGCUCCUUGGGACAACCCAGAUACAAAGGCUGCCUGGGACAAGCAUGCUGCAGAGACCUAUUACUCUUACUGGGAGCUGUACAUGUAUUGGGCAGCACAAGGCUGGACCACUGAGCAGUCUGUUGGUAUUGGGAACACUGGUGGGGAAGAGGCAGCAGGGUUGAUGGACAGAGAUAUUCCAGCACAAUCAGCUGGACAAAGGAAGGGGCAAACUGAAGCUCAGAGCCAAAAAAGAGAAGAUGACGUUGAGGUUUUGAACGAUCUGUUUGAACAAACCUGCAUGUUAAAGACAGGUGAUCAGAGUGACAGACAGUGCGUGAGUGUGGUUGAUCCCAAACAGCAGUCAGAGAGAGAGCUCUGUGGGUCAGAUGAGCCUUCUGAUGGUGGGAAUGAUCGCAAGAGAUCUGCUGCCUCCUCACAGCAGAACACAGCUGAACAAACGGCUUCAGAUCCCCAGCAGGCUGCUGUUAGACCUGAGAGACAGUAUGACGCAAGGAAGAUGCCAGAUAAAGGAGAGGAUGAUGAUGAUGAUGAUGACAAACCGGAUCGAGGAGGAUACAGUAAACUCAAACGCAGUCAUGAGCUGGAUGUGGAGGAGAGCCCACAUCUGACACCUGAGGAAGCUUGGAGUAAACUCAGACUCAAACACAACCCAGAGCCUCAGUUUGACAGUGUGAUAAGCUUUAAAGGCAGACCUGGUCCAAAGUGUAAGAGGACUAGGAGAGCAGUCUGCAGCAUCAACAAGCACACCAGGUUCUCUGUGAUGGAUGAAGAUAGCGCACAGCCACAGAUCAGCACCCCCGUCUGCAAGGUCAAAAAUUUCCUUGAAAUGGUCAAGAAAGCGACUCACUUUGACCAGUGUGAGGUGGAAGGAGGAAACUCAUCAGAGGUCAAGCCUCCAUUUCUUGUAGAAGUGAUAGGAGAAGAAGAGAGGAGGAGGAGCAAGGAGCUGAAGAGUGUUGAAAAAGAAGAAGAGAGCUUGAAAGAAGAGGGCUCUAACUGUGCGUCCAGUUUAGAAGCAGAGAGGAGUAAAUGCACUCUGCCAAACACUCCUUUUAACUUUGCCAGUGGGUCUGUGGACAGUGAAAGGAAGGAGGAGGUAAAGGAUCAGCCCUGGAGACAGUUGACAUGCCAACAAAACAUGUCAGAUGUGCCUGAAGAAUUGAAUAUGAAAGAUGUAAAGAAGCCAAAGAAGAAGAAUGGUAGGCGAGGAAGGAACCAGGAGAUCCCAGCAGAGAUGGCAGCUGAUCCAGAGCUGGCUAAGUACUGGGCUCAACGCUACAGACUCUUCUCUCACUUUGAUGAAGGGAUUAAGCUUGACCGAGAGGGUUGGUUCUCUGUUACUCCGGAGAGGAUUGCUGAACACAUCGCCCUCAGGGUGGACCACAGCUUUUCUGACUCUCAUUUGGUCAUAGAUGCUUUCUGUGGUGUGGGAGGAAACGCCAUCCAGUUCGCUCUCACUGGAAAGAGAGUCUUGGCCAUUGAUAUCGAUGCAAUACGGUUGGAUAUGGCUCGACACAAUGCUGCGAUUUACCGUGUUGCAGACCGAAUUGAUUUCCUGCAAGGCGACUUCCUUCAACUGGCACCCCGUCUGCGUGGUGAUGUGGUCUUCCUGUCACCACCAUGGGGAGGACCAGACUACCUGACUGCUGAGGUGUUUGACAUAAGUGCCAUGAUGGAGCCUGAUGGAUUUGAGAUUUUCCGCCUGGCCAAAAUGAUAUCAGACAACAUAGUGUACUUCCUGCCUCGCAAUGCUGACAUGGAUCAGGUGGUAUCUUUGGCAGGUCCGGGAGGGAAGGUGGAGGUGGAGCAGAACUUCCUGAAUAACAAGCUGAAGACUGUGACUGCUUACUUUGGCAACUUGAUAAAGUGUGACAGCAAUUAACCAUGGCAAGGGAGUAGACUUUUAUGGAUUUGUUCAGUGCAAUUAGAAAGGAAAACAAUCUUUCUCCUGUAUUCCUCUGUUUUUAUUGUGGCCUACUGGAUUGGAUUCACAACACAUUGUAUUCACUUUAGGGAUCCAGAAAAUUAUGUUAAACAGCUUGUGUAGUUUUUAGGUUUUGGGAGGGGGAUGUGUGUGUGUGUGUGUGUGUGUGUGUGUGUGUGUGUGUGUGUGUGUGUGUGUGUGUGUGUGUGUGUGUGUGUGUGUGUGUGUGUGUUAUGAAAGUUUUAAUUAACAAUUUAUACAUCUGCUUUUUUAAUUUUUCAUCUUGACCUAAUAAAUGCUUUUCAAGA